UUUCCGUCUUAGCCUGGCCCAAAAAGCACGAGCCACCAAAACAGUCGACGCUCUUUUUGGUGGCAAAGCGCGGCUGCCACGGGCAGCGUUUGUAAUCCAACAAAAAUCGUGUUAGCAACAGUCGUUAUAAUCGACAAAACGUGAAAAAACCGCAUAAUUCAUUUGCCAAAACAACCACACCAAAAAGUAAAUAAAUAAAUAUCGAAGUGAACGUGAUACGUCCUCAACCCAAUUAGGAGUUAAACAUAUAUAUACAAAUAGAAGCUGUCCAAAAUGCGUCGCAACAUUAAAUUGAUCGUCUUCGUGAGCAUCAUUUGGAUGUUCGUGAUGGUCUACUACUUCCAGUCCAGUACGGAAAAGGUGGAAAAUCGAGCGCUGCGGCUACGUGAGGUGGCCACCGCCAUGCAGCAGUACCAGGACGACUCCUCCUCGGCGGCCGCAGCCUCCACUGCCCGCCAAUGGGCGCCAGCUGGGGGAGGAGCAGGAGGUGGAGGAGGAGCGGGAGUAGCACCAGGAGCAGCUGGCAGCGGGGCCGACGAUCCCGGCGGCAAUGUCAUUCUAAUCGGCUCGGUUAAGGACUUCGAGCGCAAUGCGGUCCACGGCCUCAAGUUGAAUGGUAUUGUGGCUCUGGAAGAGACAUCACAGGGUCUCAGUGGAGGAACCGGUGGACCAGGUGGUCGACUACCAGUGGCUCCCAGCGGUCGGGGCACCGAGGUCGAGUACUUUAACGAGGCGGGCUACAUUCGAGCGGGAGCCCUGCGCAAUGGCGAAGAUCCGUACAUCAGAAAUAGGUUCAACCAGGAAGCCAGCGAUGCUCUACCCAGCAAUCGUGAUAUACCCGACACCAGAAAUCCCAUGUGCCGGACCAAGAAGUACCGCGAGGAUCUGCCCGAGACGAGUGUCAUCAUUACCUUCCACAACGAGGCGAGAUCCACUUUGCUGCGAACCAUUGUGAGUGUCCUCAAUCGCAGUCCCGAGCACUUGAUACGCGAAAUCGUUCUGGUAGACGACUACAGUGAUCAUCCUGAGGAUGGUCUCGAGCUGGCUAAGAUCGAUAAAGUUAGGGUGAUUCGCAAUGAAAAGCGCGAGGGUCUGGUGCGGUCCAGGGUCAAGGGUGCGGAUGCGGCGGUCAGUAGUGUGCUAACCUUCCUCGACAGCCACGUGGAAUGCAACGAGAUGUGGCUGGAACCGCUCUUGGAACGCGUUCGCGAGGAUCCCACCCGUGUCGUUUGUCCCGUCAUCGAUGUGAUUAGCAUGGAUAAUUUCCAGUAUAUUGGGGCCUCCGCCGAUUUGCGCGGCGGCUUCGAUUGGAAUCUGAUCUUCAAGUGGGAGUAUCUCAGUCCCUCGGAACGGGCGAUGCGCCACAAUGACCCCACCACGGCCAUUCGGACACCGAUGAUCGCCGGCGGGCUGUUCGUCAUCGACAAGGCCUACUUCAACAAGCUGGGCAAGUACGAUAUGAAAAUGGACGUGUGGGGCGGCGAGAAUCUGGAGAUCUCGUUCCGCGUUUGGCAGUGCGGCGGCAGCCUGGAAAUCAUUCCCUGCAGCCGGGUGGGUCACGUCUUCCGCAAACGACAUCCGUACACCUUCCCCGGCGGCAGCGGCAAUGUCUUCGCCAGGAAUACGCGACGUGCGGCGGAGGUUUGGAUGGAUGACUACAAGCAGCAUUACUACAAUGCCGUGCCCCUCGCCAAGAACAUUCCCUUCGGCAACAUUGAUGACCGUCUGGCUUUGAAAGAGAAAUUGCAUUGCAAGCCCUUCAAAUGGUAUCUGGAGAAUGUCUAUCCCGACCUGCAGGCCCCCGACCCACAGGAGGUGGGCCAAUUCCGACAGGAUGGCACGGAGUGCCUGGACACGAUGGGCCACUUAAUCGACGGCACUGUGGGUAUCUUUCCUUGCCACAACACGGGCGGCAAUCAGGAGUGGGCCUUCUCGAAGCGCGGCGAAAUCAAGCACGACGACCUCUGCCUGACCCUGGUGACCUUCGCCCGGGGCUCCCAGGUGGUUCUAAAAGCCUGCGACGACUCCGAAAACCAACGGUGGAUCAUGCGGGAGGGCGGUCUGGUGCGGCACUACAAGAUCAACGUGUGCCUGGACUCGAGGGACCAGUCGCAGCAGGGAGUGAGUGCCCAGCACUGCAAUUCGGCGCUGGGAACGCAACGCUGGUCCUUCGGGAAGUACGCGUGAGGAAGAGGUCUUGGUUUCGAGUAAACUAGCGGAGGAUAAUGCAGAUCGGUCGUGAUAUAUGUGCAAGUUGAUGGGAGGAGAGGAAGCCUACCUAACGCGAUGCGGAUUGUAUGUGUACUGUACUGUGUACUUGUAAUGAUUUAUCUAUGUUGAUUUGUUGCUGAACGGAACACACACUCAAACACACAUUAUAUAUAUAUAUAUAUUAACUGCAUAUAUAUAUGGAAUAAGUUCAACUUUAGUUUACAAAUCAAAUCAACUGAUUAAGGUUAAACGCUACCUAAACAACAUAAAAAAAACCAACAUAAAGGGCAUACAAAAAAUGUACUUAGACUGAUUAAUUUUUUGUAUAUGUAUAAAAACUAUAUGAAAAUGAAAUAAUACUUUAACAUAUAUAACCUUUGGCAGCUGAUAAAAAAAAACGUAAACUACGACUAAUUUGCAUUCUCACACAGCACACAUUCAUUAAAGUCAAUUACGAUCUAUACGAAAAUGCCACAAAUUAGUAGCCACAUAUGGUCCGUUUCAAAUAAUCCUAGUUACCCAAGCUCAGAGUCUUCUCAACCUUGUACUUAAAAUAAAACAUGAAAUGUUAUCAUUAGUUCUAAUUAUACACCUAAGUGAAAUCAUUUAAAAAUCAUUGACAACUAUAUAAAAUACGUAUGUGUAUAUAUUGAGAAAGAAAUAUUAUUUCAAUGUUUAUCGAAGGCCAAAAAACACGUGAAAAUUUUGAUUAAAUGUAUUGAAUAUUUAAAUAUUGUAGGCAAAGCGGAAAAGUGGAUUGUCCCUUGUGUUUCACCAUCAAUUGGUUGCUAUUCCGAAUGCAUAAAUCAUUUUAAGUUUUCAAAGGGAAAUUUAUUUGCUUUUUAUCACAGACAGACAACCGAAUUGAAUUGGGAUCCA